AUGGGUCUCGUCAUAUUUGAGAGAUGCAUGGGCCAUGAUGGCCAUUUUUUCAUGGCUGGUGGUGUUGCGGUUGGUGGUGCUGGAAUCACUGACAGGGACUUGGUGUUGGCUUAUUUGAGGCUGAAGCCGACUGAGUUUGCGGGCGACGGCGACGCCCUAGAUUUUCUGGAGGAGGUUGAGCGGAAUGCUCAGAGACUACAGGCUUCUGAGAGACAGACCGUUAUGCUAGUGGAUAUGUCCUUGAAGGGUGCUGCAAAUGACUGGUUUCGCAGGGAGAUUCGCGCAGUUAUGGCUACUAUUACAUGGGCGGACUUUGUGACAGAAUUCAAGGAAUUUUAUCUACCUUUCUUAGUGACAGAGGGUUUCAGAGACAGACUGUUGGUUCUGAGGAGAGGAGACAGAUCAGUACAUGAGUACACUACUGAGUUUAGUCAGAAAGGAGGUGUUCGAAAAGGAUAUCAGCCGUAUUCUCACAGUUCUGGUUACAGUGGGAGUAGCCGUGGAUCUGGUCGCGGUUACAGUGAGGGCGACAGUGGUGACGUGCAUAGUGUUCCGAUAGUGAAUGAGUUCACUGAUGUGUUUCCAGAGGAGUUGCCUGGAUUACCACCUGAUCGUGACAUCAAGUUCUGUAUUGAUGUCGCUCCGGGGACAGCUCCUAUUUCGAUACCUCCGUAUCGGAUGGCUCCUGCAGAGCUGAAAGAGUUGAAGGAACAGUUACAGGAAUUGCUUGUUAACAUCGAUGUGCCUAAGACUGCUUUCAGAACGCGGUAUGGGCAUUUCGAGUUUCUGGUCAUGUCUUUUGGGUUAACUAACGCACCAGCAGCGUUUAUGGAUAUGAUGAACCGGGUAUUCAAGCCGUUUCUGGAUCAGUUCGUUAUUGUGUUUAUUGAUGACAUACUGAUUUAUUCUCGGAGUGAGGAGGAGCAUGCUUUCCACUUGAGAACGAUAUUGCAGACCUUGCGUGAGCAUCAGCUGUAUGCUAAGUUCUCGAAGUGCGAAUUCUGGCUGGACCAAGUUACCUUCUUAGGACACGUGGUGUCAAAGGAUGGGAUCAAGGUUGAUCCGACGAAGAUUGAGGCGGUUAUGGAUUGGCAGAGGCCGAGGUCAGUUACCGAAAUCAGAAGUUUUCUGGGGUUAGCUGGCUACUACCGUCGGUUCGUGCAGGAUUUCUCCAGAAUAUCUGCACCGAUGACUAAACUGACACAGAAGGGUGUUAAGUUUGAGUGGACUGACAAGUGCGAGGCGAGCUUUGAGAAGCUCAAAGAGAUUCUGACUACAGCUCCUGUGUUAGCUUUGCCAUCUGGCAUUGAGGGGUUCACUGUGUAUUGUGAUGCUUCUCGUAUCGGUUUGGGGUGCGUUCUGAUGCAACAUGGUAAGGUGAUUGCCUAUGCUUCUCGCCAGCUGAAGAAGCAUGAAGUGAAUUAUCCUACUCAUGAUCUGGAGUUAGUAGCUGUAGUUUUUGCUCUCAAGAUUUGGAGGCACUAUUUGUACGGUGCGACUUGCGAGAUCUUCACUGAUCAUAAGAGUCUGAAGUACAUUUUUGAUCAGCAUGAGCUGAAUCUGAGACAACGGAGAUGGUUGGAGUUACUGAAAGACUACGAUUGUACUAUUCAGUACCAUCCGGGUAAGGCUAAUGUUGAAUCUUUGGGUACGAGAUUGGAUUUCAGUACUGCCUUUCAUCCUCAGACUGACGGUCAGUCUGAGAGGUGGCGUACAAGGGGGUUUACGGUAAAUUUUCGGGUCUUUUUCGGUUUGGAGGUUCGAUUCGUGAUUCGGUUCAAUUUUGGAUUGAGUCAGGUUCCCUUUGGUUGUGGUUCAACCAAACGGUUGAACCACAAAAUUUUGGAUCUGGUCUCAAAGAGACCUUAUCAUCAGGCUUGCUGCUACCGAGACCUUAGCAGCUUUGCUAAGGGCAUUUUUGCCUUUUCGACUUCACUACUUUGCACUCGAUUCUAA